CUACAACAACAGUAUCCAACUAAUUUCAUUUAAAAAUUACUUUAUAAAGUUCCCCUAGCUCCUUACUGUUCUACCCCCCUCCAAAAAAAAGAACACGAUUAUAAUGCAAUCUAAACAAAAUUCAUUUCAUAAACAUCCAUCAUUUAUAAAAUCAACUGAAGAAUUUGAAAAACUUUUAUUACAAUGUCCAUUUAUGUCAAUAAUUCAUUCAUCAAAAAUCAAUAAAAAUAAAUUACAUAAUAAAAUUAAUAAAAAAUCAAUAAAUGAUCAACAAGAUCAAUCAAUCAAAUCUAAUGAUAUUAUAUUCAAUAAUCAAUUAUCUAUUAUAUCAAAUGAAAAUUGUAUAGAGAUAAAUCAAUCUAAAGACAACUCUAAUAAAAAUGAUGAGAUAAUUAUAAAAGAUACAAAAAUGAAUCAUUUAGAAAGUCCUCCCGAAAACAAUGAUCAUCAUGAUGAACAUACGAUAACUAAUAUGAACUACUUAAAUUCAUUAAGUAGUAUAAAAAAAUUACGUUUAACUAAAGAAUUUAAUUCUUUAUCAAUAGAUGAACAAAAUGAAGAGAAUGAAUUACGUUAUAAACAAUUAAAUAAAUUAUAUGAAUUAAUUCAAUCAGAUCCAGGGCGUUAUGGACAAUUAUCCAUUGAAAAUAUGAUUGAACAAAUGAAUCAUUUUUAUUUAUAAAAACAAUGUAAGUGUGAUUGAAUGUUGAAUGAAUGCAAAUGUUGACGAGAACAAAGGAAGAGACGAAAUAGAACAAAACAAAUAAACAAAUAUCCUAUUGACUCUAUUCAUUAGAUUGUAGUUUCAACCCUAUUCAUUUUACCUAAUUGGAUUGUUAUUAACGAAUAAAGAAUGUAAACAAAAGUAUAUAUACACAUUCCAAUGUA